AAAUCUACCUUGAAGGAGUCUAGGGUUCGUUCCUCGGGUAAGAGCAGGGGGGGUGCAAAUAUUUUCUACGAUUCUUCGUUUGAAGCUCUCAGUUUCGGCAGAGUUUCUCUUAGUAGUUUGGAGAAAUUCUCACAGAAAGCAUCUUUGGGGGUACACAGAUUGGUAUGUUGUUUGGAACUGUUACCUUGCAAGCUUGUUUAAUUAGACAAAUAAGAUGCCAAGGGGAAAGGAAAAUGCUUCAUCUACCGCUAGGCCAGUUGAACCUGAAAAGAAGAAUGAAUCUGAAAAGCCGGUUGACUCUGAUGAGAGGGUAGACCUGGAUGUUGAUAAUGACCCUGAGGAGGUAAUGGAAGAAGAUGUUGAGUACGAAGAAGUAGAAGAGGAGGAGGAGGUGGAAGAAAUAGAAGAAGUUGAAGAAGAGGAAGAGGAGGAGGAGGUGGAGGAGGAGGAGGAGGUUGAGGAAGAAGAUGUUGAAGGAGUGGAGGAUGUUGGAAAUAAUGACAAUGGGAUUAAUGCCCAAAAUGAGAAUAGUAUUGAUGAGGAUGAAAAGAAAAAACAUGACGAGCUUCUUGCCCUACCUCCUCAUGGUUCUGAAGUAUAUAUUGGUGGUAUUCCUCAAGAUACUUCUGAAGAGGAUUUAAGAAGUUUUUGUGUAUCCAUAGGAGAAGUUACCGAGGUUCGCAUUAUGAAAAGUAAAGAUUCAAAUGAGAAUAAGGGCUUUGCAUUUGUUACCUAUAAAAGUGUGGAGUUGGCUUCUAAAGCAAUUGAUGGGCUGAAUAACAUGGAAUUCAAGGGGAAGAAGAUAAAAUGUUCAUCAUCUCAAGCAAAGCACCGUUUGUUCAUGGGUAAUGUUCCCAGGAGCUGGGGUGAGGAAGAUCUUAGGAAAGUUGUGAUGGACAUUGGACCUGGAGUUACUGCGGUGGAACUAGUAAAGGAUAUGAAGAAUACUAGCAAUAACAGGGGUUUUGCGUUUAUUGACUAUUAUAAUCAUGCAUGUGCUGAGUACUCAAGGCAGAAGAUGAUGAACCCAAAAUUUAAGCUUGAUGACAAUGCUCCAACUGUUAGUUGGGCGGACCCAAAAAAUGCUGAUUCAUCUGCUGCUUCACAGGUGAAGGCAGUUUAUGUGAAGAAUUUACCAAAGAAUGUAACGCAGGAGCAGUUGAAAAAACUGUUUGACCAUCAUGGGAAAAUUACAAAAGUGGUUUUGCCUCCUGCAAAGUCUGGUCAAGAGAAGAAUAGAAUUGGUUUUGUACAUUUUUCGGAGAGGAGCAGUGCUAUGAAGGCUUUAAAAAAUACAGAAAAAUAUGAAUUGGAUGGUCAAGUUUUGGAGUGUUCUCUUGCAAAACCACAGGCAGACCAGAAGUCUGGUGGAUCGAAUAGCCAAAAAUCUGGAUUGCUUCCUAACUAUCCACCUCGUGUUGGAUAUGGCUUUGUUGGCGGUGCUUAUGGUGCUGUAAAUGCAGGAUAUGGUGCUUCUGGUUUUGGUCAGCCGUUGAUAUAUGGAAGAGGACCAACUCCAGCUGGCAUGGCAAUGAUGCCAAUGUUGCUACCUGAUGGACGGAUUGGCUAUGUCUUGCAACAACCAGGGUCACAAAUGAUGACGCCACCACCACAUCCAAGAAGCGGUGGCGGCAGCGGCAGCGGUGGGGGAAGUGGCAGUAAAAGUGGCGGCAGUUCUAGUAGGGGGGGGAGACAUACACAUGACAGUGGCCAUGGUCGCAGGUAUCGGCCAUAUUAAUUCCAGCCGGUUGGACAUUCUGCCCGUGAACAAAACAUGAGUGUCGGCCUGGAAGUGCCUCUCCCUCGCCUAACAAGUGAUCAUAGAUUAUUCUUCAGUAUUGAUGAUUAAGAGUGGAGCUAGCUAAUUAAUGGGGUUUGUAAUGUGUUGUAUUAACCUUACCUAGGUUACAGUUCAAAUUAAUUUAUGUGUUCUCCCCUCGGUUUUGUUCCUUUUCCUCCCUAGUACUUUUUAGAGAGACCAGAAAUACGUUUUAGCAAUCAUCUGUCAUAAAAUUGGUGAUCUCGAAUUUGAGAAUGUGUAUGCCUUACGUGGUAA